AUGGGUAUGUCUCAGUUUCAGAUCUUGGCAUUGUUAUGCGAAACAGCGGCAUCGACUAUUAGUAGUGAUCUCAAUCAAUUUCUGGCACAACAACUCGUUACGAAUCAAGCUGUAUCACGUAAAGUAUUUGAGGCUCAGGUUAUAGCACUUGUCGAACAAAUGCAAACCUCAAUAGUAGCGAAUGUAAAAUACAUUGAUCAGUUGGUGUCCCUGAUUAUUAGCAGAAGUCAAAUAAUGUCAGCUUUGAAUACCAAUAAUUACCUUAUCCAGAAUCCAUUAUCAUCGAGUACCAGCGUUAAACUCGGAAGAUAUUUAGUUGGAAAUUAUACUAUCAGCAACGUCUCGAAUCCGACAAAUACCUUAUGCGAUUGUUCGGUCACAUCAAACUGUACUUUUCCAGCUGGUUAUUACAACCAUUCCCUUCGUACUCCGCAGGGACAGUCCACCUUAUAUGUGCCCUCACCACCACCUAUGUUUAUCGUGCCAGGUAUGUUGGUUGGAUGCCUACCUCAUAAUUCAAUGCUUCAGUCGACACUGGAGUGUUUCUACAAUCGUUCAUGUUUGGAUCUUAUUGGUAUCUCACAAGCAAUCAUUCCACUAAAUGCGACUGCUUCAUCUCGCUUUGGAGUCGAUACAACCGUAAAUACUAUGUUCGAACAACUCUUCGUCGAAACAUGGGGCAAUUCGAGUAAUUUCACCAGUUACUACAAUACAUGCGAUCCAAAAGAAUGCUCUUACACCUAUACACAACGUGGUAAUCUACUUUAUGCAAUGACAAUGCUGCUUAGUCUUAUCGGAGGUCUCACAACAAUACUCAGUAUUGUCGUUCCUCUCCUCGUACAGUUAUUUCGUCGUUUACUAGUUAAAUGCCGAGGUGAAGCAAUUCCUACAAUAGACAAUAAUCCUGAAGUACCAUCAUUGAAUAUAACGAACAAUUCAACCGAUCUCAGUUUAUAUGUUGGUGAUUUUCGUGGAGGUGCUGGUUCUAAUCUAUUUUAUCUAAUGCAAACACUAUGUGAAACAGCCAAAACAACUGUUGUCAAUGCCGCAACUGUUUUCGGCUCUACAAAACUAGUAAACGUAUAUCCGAUGUCACAUCUAUUAUUCGAAAAGAAGACGGCCGAACUAGCACUACAAUUUCAACAAGAAACACAAGCUUCUUUUCUGAUUUUGUUCUCUCAAGUAAGCACGGCAAUUCGAGAUAAUCAAUUCUACAAUCCCUCAAGCCCUGCAGCUACUCCAAUCGCCACGUCCGAUCAUGCGAAUGUUCGAUUGCGUCUGCGAAACGUGUAUCCUUCGGGACCUGUCUGCUCAUGUGCCAUGUCCAACAACUGUACUCGGCCACAAGGGUUCUAUUGCCGUGCAAGUUCAUGCCAUACUAUCAAAUCACAACCAAACUUCACUAUUUCAGGUAUGUUUUUGGGCUGUACAUCUAUAGACUCGUUAUUACUCUCAACACUUACCUGUCUCUUCAACCAAUCAUGUAUUCAAUUUCUGCUCGAUUGGCGUUUAUUCGAUGUCACUGUCAAGGCGCUGCCGAUUGAUCCACGUGGAGCCAACACUACUGCACUCGACCCCGAUUUACCCAGUCGAUUUUUACUCAAUUCCACAUUUGAACCACUGGUAUUGAAUAUGUUUAUCGAAAACUGGACAUCAUCCAGUGAUUACAGCACCUACUAUACAAUCUGCAAACCUGAUAGUUGCACAUACACAUAUGAUCAACGAUAUGCUCUUGUUGCUGCCAUUACAGUUCUCAUCGCUUUUGGUAUUAUCAUUUUCUUUACAAGUUUUAGUCAACAAACGCGCACUAUCACAGUUUUAUCACCAUCUCAAACAACAUUUUCGUACUUGCAAGAUCAACAAAAGUCAAGUCUGUCAUGUUUAUGUUCACAAGCCUCUAUUCAAUACGACGUAUUUCUCUCAAUUUCACCUCGUUUGCACCAGGUAUGCUCCAGCGAUUUCGUUGCACAACAAUGGUGGGGCUUUCUCUGGGGAAUGGAUACUGUGACCACUUUUCUCGACCUUCAACUUCUUAGCAUUCAGUUUCGUGUUCUUGCAUCAUUUUGUUCAUUAGCACAGCAAUCUAUCGACAAUGAUACAAGUGCAUUUCUUACCGACAAACUAGUCACUCUAGAAGCAAUGACAUUCAGUUCAUUUGAAGCUCAAAUUGAUUCGCUUACAGCCACAUUUACUGCUCAAACACCAGAUAAAUUUCGUCGUACUCAGUUAUAUAUUUAUGAAACAUUGCGUGCAAAUCAGAUGAUGGUUGUAUCUGAAACAAAUUGGCAAAUAGCAUACACAACUGCGGCGGAUAAUUACGUCAUUGCCACUGUGCCACGUAUUUCAUUUGGAACUAAUUAUUCGUGUACUACAUCACUAAACAGCUUCUCACGACCUUUAUAUAUUGAUGCCAAUUCUAACACAAUAGUAUUACCUGGUGUGGUGGCGGGUUGCUUGCCAAUUGAUGGUAUUCGUUUGUCUACUCUAGAAUGUUUCUUUGAUUCAAACUGUAUUCUUAACUUGACAAGCAUCGCAUCGACACGCAGUACUACUAUUUGGAUUCCUAAACCGCUCAAUGCGUCAACACCUAGUAAUUAUUCUUCAAAUACUCUCAUAGGCAGCAUCGUUGAUAAUUUAUUCGUGGAAGAUUGGGGAAUUGCAAGUAAUUAUUCAAGCUACUUCGCUUCGUGUGCUCCAUAUUCGUGUUCAUACAAAUAUAUUGAUCAUAACACAAUACUCUACAUAACCACAACAAUACUUGGACUGUAUGGUGGUUUGGUAGUGAUUCUUCGUUUUAUUGUCUGGUAUGGGUGGCGUAUGUACCGAAAGAUUAUGGGAUGGAUGCAAAUCGCUCCUCGUUUAACAUCAGCACGAGUAGUUCCCUUUCAACCGACCAUCUAUAUUGAAUAA